AUGCAAACUCCACACAGAAAGGACCUCGGCUGCCGAGACCUUCUUGCUGUGAGGCGACAGCGCUACCUACUGCGCCACCACGCCACCGGCCUAAAAGUUUUGUUCUCCUCAUCGCUCAAGAAUAUCACCAUGUUCAAAUCAGACCUCCCACCAAGUUAUGAAGAAUCAAGGAAUCAGCAGUUUGGUCAUGCACAUGGGAGCUACCCAGCAGCUCCAGGAUAUGGAUACCCUACCUUUGGGAACCCUGCCCAACCUGCCGUCUACCCUGGUCCUGGUGCCUAUCCUCAGGCAGGGAUGUGGCAGGGUCCUGGCUACCCUUCACCUGGCCUGCCAUCCAUGAUGCCACCAGUUCUGUCUCCAGGGAUGCCUAUGUCAAACCCAGGCCCCGGAGACAUGGAGGACUUUGCAUCAAAUCCACUGUGGGAUAGCGUGGCUGUUCGCCAUGCGUUCAUCAGAAAGGUCUACAUUAUUUUGGGUGUUCAGCUUAUUGUCACUGCUUCAAUUGUGGCUGUGUUCACCUUUAUCGAUCCUGUGCGUCUGUUCGUAAUCCAGUAUCCAGGCAUUUAUUGGGCUUCAUUUGGUGUUUUCUUUGUCACUUACCUGGUCCUGGUCUGCUGUGAGGGACCUAGGAGGCGUUACCCAUGGAAUCUAGUUCUGCUGGCUGUCUUUACUCUAACCUUGUCCUACAUGACUGGAACAAUAUCAAGUUAUCAUGACACCAAAGCAGUGUUCCUAGCCAUUGGAAUUACAGCAUUAGUGUGUAUAACUGUCACCGUUUUCUGCUUUCAGGCCAAGGUGGAUUUCACAUCCUGCACUGGUGGAUUUCACAUCCUGCACUGGUCUGUUGUGUGUCCUGGAUUCGUCACAGCCUUUGUGCUGUCCUUUCAGUAUGUACCUUGGCUCCACAUGUUGUAUGGUGCGAUUGGAGCGAUAGUUUACACUUUGUUUUUGGCAUACCACACGCAGCUCCUCAUAGGAAACAGAAGACAUUCCAUCAGUCCGGAGGAGUACAUCUUUGGAGCUCUGUCUUUAUACGUUGACAUUGUCCAGAUCUUCCUCUUCCUCUUACAGAUCACUGGUGCUUCCUCAGAGUAG